AUGUUUACACUACUGGUCCUGCUCAGCCAACUGCCCAUAGCUACCCUCGCAUUUCCUCAUUGCACAAGAAAUACAAAGGAUUCGAGGCAUGCGGGAGAAGAAGUCUUUACAUCAAAAGAAGAAGCAAACUUUUUCAUUCAUAGACGCCUCCUAUAUAAUAGAUUUGACUUGGAGCUCUUCACUGCUGGCGACCUAGAAAGAGAGUGCAAUGAAGAGCUCUGUAAUUAUGAGGAAGCCAGAGAGAUUUUUGUGGAUGAAGAUAAAACGAUCACAUUUUGGCAGCAAUAUUCGAUUGAAAGACCAACCACAAAGUCAGAUGGUAACAGAGAGAAAGUCGAUGUUAUGAGCCUUCUGACUGGAUUAAUUGCUGCUGGAGUAUUUUUGGUUAUUUCUGGAUUACUUGGUUACUAUCUUUGUAUCACUAAGUGUAAUAGGCAACGACAUCCACGUUCUUCAGCUGUCUAUGUAAGGAACAGGCAUAGUCCCUCCAUCAUUUUCAGAAGACCUGAGGAGGCUGUCUCAUCUCCAUCGCCACCUUCUAUGGAGGACACAGGAUUACCAUCUUAUGAACAGGCAGUGGCACUGACCAGGAAACACAAUGUUUCGCCACCACCACCAUAUCCUGGGCCAGCAAAAGGUUUUAGGGUAUUUAAAAAGUCUAUGUCACUCCCAUCUCAUUAA